CCUGUUCCUCGGUGCAGCGCUGUACAGUCUUCCUGUACUUUUUUAGUCUGUACUGUCCACCCCUGUACUGUCCACAAUCUCUGGUCAUCCCUGUACUGUUUGCAGUCUCUUGGUCAUCCCCUGUACUGUCCGCAGUCUCUGGUCAUCUCCUGUACUGUCCGCAAUCUCUGUUCAUCCCCUGUACUGUCCGCAGUCUCUGGUCAUCUCCUGUACUGUCCGCAAUCUCUGGUCAUCCCCUGUACUGUCCGCAGUCUCUUGGUCAUCCCCUGUACUGUCCGCAGUCUCUUGGUCAUCCCCUAUACUGUCCGCAGUCUCUUGGUCAUCCCCUAUACUGUCCGCAGUCUCUGGUCAUCUCCUGUACUGUGUCCGCAGUCUCUGGUCAUCUCCUAUACUGUGUCCGCAGUCUCUGGUCAUCUCCUGUACUGUGUCCGCAGUCUCUGGUCAUCUCCU